GGGAUUUGUAGCCUGGUGUUUGGGAGAGUGAAGCUGGUGGGUGCCACAGCCGUGCCAUCUCUGCGUUCAGCAUGCUUUCCUUCUGUCUGCCACCUUUUAUGGUCUGACCCAACCAGGGACUAUUUUUUUUUUUUGGAUAUACCCAGGAGGCACCCUUCAUAUCACUGUGCCUGGUAGCCGGCUGCUGGCACCCCGAAAGGCAUCUCGCUGCUGCGCACUUUCCUGCUCCUGGCAUCCCAAAAAGGUACCAUGGACAACAAGGUCCCGGGAGCCGUCGUGAAUGGGGAAUCCUUUCCAGCUCAGCCACUGAUGGAGAAGGAGCCUCAGGAGAUGACAGAGGACCACAUGACAGAGAGAGGACAAUGGAAGAACAAGAUGGAGUUUGUCUUGUCUGUGGCUGGAGAGAUUAUUGGAUUGGGGAAUGUAUGGAGGUUUCCGUACCUUUGCUACAAGAAUGGAGGAGGAGCCUUCUUCAUCCCUUACCUGAUCUUCCUCUUCACCUGCGGCAUUCCGGUCUUCUUUCUGGAGACAGCGCUGGGCCAAUACACCAGCCAGGGUGGCGUCACAGCCUGGAGGAAAAUCUGCCCCAUCUUUGAAGGGAUUGGCUAUUCAUCCCAAGUCAUUGUCAUCCUGCUGAACUUUUAUUACAUCGUCGUCCUGGCCUGGGCCUUCUUUUAUCUCUUCAACUCCUUCACGUCUGAUCUGCCCUGGGCUUCCUGCAACCACACCUGGAACACAGACCAAUGCCUGGAUUCUUACAAAAGUAACGGCACACAGGGCACGGCAUUGAAUGGCACAUCAAGUGUCAUCGAAUUCUGGGAGAGGCGUGUAUUGAGUAUAUCAGAUGGUAUCGAAAACAUGGGCAGUCUGCGCUGGGAACUGGCACUGUGUCUCCUCCUCGCUUGGAUCAUCUGUUACUUCUGUAUCUGGAAAGGAGUGAAAUCCACUGGAAAGGUUGUCUAUUUUACUGCCACCUUCCCUUACUUGAUGCUGGUUGUCCUACUUAUCCGUGGGGUUUCUCUCCCAGGGGCCCUAGGGGGGAUCCAGUUCUACUUGUACCCAGACCUCAGCCGACUAAAGGAUCCUCAGGUCUGGAUGGACGCGGGAACUCAAAUCUUCUUUUCCUACGCCAUUUGUCUGGGCUGUCUGACAGCGCUAGGGAGCUACAACAAGUACAACAACAACUGCUACAGGGACUGCAUUGCUCUUUGCUUUCUCAACAGCGGCACUAGUUUUGUGGCAGGUUUUGCUAUCUUCUCCAUUUUGGGUUUCAUGUCACAAGAGCAAGGGGUGCCAAUAUCUGAGGUGGCGGAGUCUGGCCCAGGACUGGCAUUCAUUGCUUACCCGCGAGCUGUCUCCAUGAUGCCAUUCUCUCCACUGUGGGCCUGUUUUUUCUUUAUCAUGGUCGUUCUGCUGGGCCUGGAUAGCCAGUUUGUGUGUGUAGAGAGCCUAGUGACCUCCUUGGUAGAUAUGUAUCCCAGCACAUUCCGCAAGAAGAAUCGACGGGAGCUACUGAUCCUGGUGGUCUGCAUUUUCUCCUUCCUCAUUGGACUAGUGAUGCUAACUGAGGGUGGCAUGUAUGUCUUCCUGCUCUUUGACUAUUAUGCAGCCAGUGGGAUGUGUCUGCUGUUUGUAGCUAUCUUCGAGACUCUGUGUAUUGCUUGGAUCUAUGGUGCAGAUAACUUCUAUGACAAUGUGGAGCACAUGAUUGGGUACCGGCCUCUGCCCCUCAUUAAGUACUGCUGGAUGUUUGUUACUCCUGCUGUUUGCCUGGCCACAUUCAUCUUCUCCCUGGUGAAGUACACUCCAUUACAGUAUAACAAGCGCUACACGUACCCAUGGUGGGGGGAUGCUGUUGGCUGGCUUUUGGCAAUUGCCUCCAUGGUUUGCACCCCAUUGUGGGUUUGCUAUAAAGUCUCAACCAUUAAAGGUCCAUUGGCACAGAGAUUCCGUCAGCUAACCUGCCCAGACCCCGACCUGCCACAGAAGCAGCUAAGAGAUCGAGAUCGACAGACCCAAGCAACAGCCGUAUCUCCACUGGAAGAGUCUCUGUGCUAGGACAAGGCUGUAUGUGUGUGUGCGCAGUACAUGGCGUGUGCAGGACAGAUGUGUUUUUCUGGGCAAAGUGACAACAGUAUACAUGCUUACGGCGAGGGUCACAUCUACAUGCAUUCACGAAUGACGUCAACGGUUGAGUAAACACACACAUCUGCACAAAUGCUGGGAUGGACUGUCUACACAGCUGUGUUUUCUCCUGCAUAUGCUCCACAUCUUGAGGACAUUUGCGCAGUUUGAAACAGUCUCGUGAAACGCACAGUUUUUUUUUAGAACUUUAUGCAUUCCAUUAAUAAAAGCCAUGAUUUACAGUUU